AUGCAGAAUAUGGAGAUACAGUACGAUUGGGAAAGCUUUGUGAAGGACCGGGAAGGAGUUUUUGACAGGGAGAUUUCCUCGGCUGUUGAGGAUCGCUCACUUUCCGAGACGCAGGGGACGCCUGGAAUUGUCAAGCAGAGCUCCAUAAUUGGCGUCACGUCAGUAUGGAACCAUGGUACUGAGGAUGCAGCGAUGGCCCGUUAUCAUGACGCAAAUUCUGGAAGUCAGGGGCCAGCAGAGGUAGCUAUCAACAGAUUCUUUCAUGAAACCGACAUCUCAAUGUGUGAAGGUGAUGAAAGGAGAAGUUGGACACACAGCUCCAUACAAGGAAGUGAUGUGUCAAUGCUUACAGCGCUGGUCCGGCAGGCUCCUCACUUCAGUCAAGAGGCCCAUGCAAUUGAAGCACCAAGUAUGAUUGGCAACAGGAGUUCGCUUACUCAGGAUAUCAUCCGCCUGCAUCCGCUGAAGCAUGAGACAGAGGAGGAUGGUACCCACUCAAAUGGCUAUGAAGAGCGCGGGGCAGGUUUGUAUGAAAGUACCGUCUUGCAAUGGGUUGACAGUAUAUCAGGCGAGGAAGUAUUUGCACCGAACGAGCCAUCCGACCAUUGCUCAAGUCAAGAUAUUCUGCUGGGACUCUACUUGGGUACCACUAUUACCGACGACGGGUUGCUAUCAAACAUACAGGACGCGAUCUACGAUUCCACCGAGGAGGAUAAUCUUCUUGACUUCCCAAUGCCAUUGUCCACGACGGAGAGUGAACAUUUAAGUAACUCCUCAUUGUCAGAGGUUCUCGGGAACGACCAUCUUCUUUGGCAUAUGUGGAAGAGACGAGGCAGUGUUGCUCCACGUGGCGAGCAGGAUGCGGAAGGCAUGCGGACGCUGUACGAAUCAGAUCCUGAUAUGAAGCUGUUCAGUAAAGACUGGGGUGUGGACGCCAGUGAGAUGAGCUCAAGUUCCAAUCAAGACCCUAUGCUUCAAGAAAUGUCGUCUCGAUCGCGGAAAACAAGUUCGCCAACAAGCCCCAUGUCAGAAAGACGGUCGUACUUUGGGCCAACUCGAUCUUCCUCAUCUUAUUCCUCAUCAGGACAAGCAAGCCCAGACCCGAAGCUUCAACGGCGAGGGAGCAUCAUGAAGCGGUUUCCAUGGGGAGGGCGGCAACACUCUAGCGAAUUGACAGGGCUAGAAAUGACCAAUCUGAAUGGCCGAGACUUUGAAGUCAAGAGGCGUCGCACAAUGGACGACUACGCGACGAUGGAGAAGGAAACCCAUGGCGAUGAUUCAAAUGAGAUGCUGUUUUGA